ACAACUCUCCAAUAUAAAAAACGAACAGCCCCUCUCUCUCUCUCUCUCUCAUUCCCAGUGUAUUCUCAUUUCUCUACUAUGUAAAAUCAUCAUUCAAAUCUCUUCAAGCAUCGGCUCUUGACUGGAAUCCCAUACCCUCCAUGGCUCUGCUUCGCUUCUUUCUGUUUCCUUUAAUUCACAUUGCCUUGUUUUCCACCCUCUGUUUUGCGGCAGACCCUUCUGUCUCCUAUGAAUUUAGGCUUUCUUACAUCACUGCCUCUCCUCUGGGUGUUCCUCAGCAGGUUAUAGCAGUGAAUGGCAAGUUUCCUGGUCCUGUUAUUAAUGCUACUACUAAUUACGUUGUUAUUGUUAAUGUAUGGAAUGACUUGGAUGAUGAAAAUCUCCUGAUGACUUGGCCUGGGAUCCAAAUGCGGCGUGAUUCAUGGGAGGAUGGUGUUCUUGGCACGAAUUGUCCAAUUCCUCUCAAACAGAAUUAUACUUAUAAUUUUCAAGUCAAAGAUCAGAUUGGGAGCUUUUUCUACUUUCCAUCCCUGAAUCUUCAAAGAGCAUCUGGUGGUUUUGGUCCCUUUAUUAUUAGUAACCGAGAAAUUAUCCCAAUUCCUUUUACCCAGCCUGAUGGGGAUAUUAUCCUUCUAAUUGGUGACUGGUAUACACAAAAUCACACGGCAUUGAGAACUGCCCUUGACUCUGGAAAAGACCUUGGCAUGCCAGAUGGAGUUUUAAUUAAUGGGAAGGGGCCUUACAGAUACAACACAACAUUUGUGCCUGAUGGUAUUGAGUAUGAAACUAUUCAAGUUGAUCCAGGCAAAACUUAUCGACUGCGUGUGCACAAUGUUGGGACUUCAACUAGUUUGAACUUCAGAAUCCAGGGUCACAAUCUACUUCUUGUGGAAACAGAGGGACAUUAUACAUCGCAACAAAAUUUUACUAGCUUUGACAUUCAUGUGGGUCAAUCCUAUUCUUUUUUGGCAACCAUGGAUCAGAAUGCAACUUCUGAUUAUUACAUUGUGGCAAGCGCUCGGUUUGUGAACGAAUCACUUUGGCAAAGAGUCACAGGUGUUGCUGUCUUGCAUUAUUCGAAUUCAAAAGGACCAGUAUCUGGUCCUCUGCCAGAGGCACCAAGUGACGUUUACAACCAGUGGGCAGCAAUGACUCAGCCAAGAUCCAUCAAGCAAAAUACAACUGCAAGUGGAGCUCGCCCUAACCCACAGGGAUCUUUUCACUAUGGUCAAAUAAAUAUCACUGAAACAUAUAUAUUGAGGAUCUUGCCUCCAGUUACAAUUGAUGGGAAACAACGUGCAACUCUGAAUGGGAUAUCAUUUGUCAAUCCUGAUACACCGAUCAGGCUUGCUGACCUGCACAAUGUGAAGGGAGCUUACAAACUUGAUUUUCCUGAUAAGCCACUUGAUAGGCCUCCCCGAAUGGACAUAUCUGUCAUUAAUGCUACAUAUAAAGGUUUUAUCCAGGUUGUAUUGCAGAACAAUGACACCAAAAUGCUAAGCUUUCACAUGGAUGGUUAUUCAUUUUUUGUGGUUGGGAUGGACUGGGGGGUGUGGACUGAGGACAAAAAAAGUUCAUAUAAUAAAUGGGAUGCUAUUUCUCGCUGCACAGUAGAGGUUUACCCUGGGGGAUGGACAGCAGUCCUGGUCUCUCUGGACAAUGUUGGAGUAUGGAAUCUUAGAGUAGAAAACCUUGACAGAUGGUAUCUGGGCCAUGAAACAUAUAUGAGAAUCAUCAAUCCCGAGGAAAACGGUGAAACAGAGAUGGCUCCACCUUAUAACGUUAGAUAUUGCGGUGCCCUACAAGGGUUGCAGAAGACGUCAACUCUCUCCUCCGCUAUAUCCAUUCAUGGGGCUAGCAAAUCAAUGGGGUUUUUCUCUCUGCUGAAUGCACUUUGUGCCUUAUUUUUCAUUUUCGGGUAAACUUUUCUACCGGUUGGAUAGGAGAAUUCUAUUUUAGGCAAGGGGUUGCUUGUAUUGGCUGUAGUUGUAGGCGUAAUGUUAACCGUUGGGGAUACUUGAAUUGCAUAGUUGGAUUAGAUUUGCAACUUCUUUUUUUUUUUUUUGGUGCAGUAGAAAAUUUUGAGGUUGCUAUGACAUUUUUCUUUUCAUUGAGUCUGUGGGGUGCUCUGCCCUUUUAAUUGUAAUUUAGUAGGUCAUUGGGCAUCUAUCAUUUCUGAUCUCAAAGUUACCCUUUCUUUCCGUAGAACCUGACCUUUCAUACGAGAAUUUUAUUUGUCCUGUAUAAUAUUUGAUAACUUAUGAUAAUGUUCAACACUAGUCAAGGAUCA